GCUGCGCAAGUCCCCGCGCAGACCAUCACCGUCGAGUGAUUUUCCAUCGUCACUUGGUGCUCAUCAUGAGAAUGAUCUGCAAUUUCCAACAAUAUCCAGUUUGAAUUUGCGCCCGCUCACGCCCACUGGAAUAGCGCAGACUGCAGAGUUGAUGACCAUGCCCCAACCCCCGUCACACCCGCAACCAUCGCCACAGCAUUAUGCAUAUCAGCAGCAGUCGCAUGCGCAUAGGCCACCUCCCCCAGUAGCGUCAUCACCGGUGUAUGCCCCUGGAGCGGAUGUUGUUCCUCAAGUCCUCUCAACAGUCGACGAGCGCUCGAGCGAGCAAACUGGAACACACGAGACACAUCUGCGCCCACACUCCUCUGCUGACCAUGCUCAUUCUCCCCAUACUCGUACUCAUACCCAUUCACAUUCACAUUCACAAUCUCAUUCUUCAACUGUUCAACCUAUCCACCCCAACACGACUUUCACCGUGACUGACUAUGUCACUGUUCCUCCGCCCCAGUUCUCUCCUCCCCCACCUACGCGCAUCAAGCGCUUUCUAAACAACCUCGACCAGCUCCCCUGGGUUGAGCACGAGCAAAUCGUCGAUGCCUACUUCCCCGGUCGUUCUUCCCGCCGACGUCGCUAUCCAGAUUCACCUGUGGAUGACGGAAAACCUGCAGCAUCGUGGUACAACAAGCGGCAUAAUUCCCUCCCAAAGGAGAUGGGUAUUGAGCCGAGCAGCGCAGCCCUGUUGUAUGGAUGGCCGCCACAGAUGCAAAAGUCUUACUCGCACCAGGGAAUGGCUUAUCCACAAUUCCCAUACGGGUAUACGCCUGUACAGCCCGCGUUCGUAUACCCUACUACAUUCCCUCCACCGCCGAGGACACAUUAGAGCUCCCUCAGGGACGAUGUGAAUCACUGUCAUGUGACUGUGUUGUAUGUUUUUGGAUAAAUACGAUGUGCCGUUAUCAUCCGCAGCUGAUUCAUUUAUUCCAAGAUCAUUGCCGCUUGAGCACUGCUUUGACAGUACAUUUCAGAAACUACGAAUUGAUUGCUCUUGAAAUUUCAAACUGAAGACAUCCGACAGGAGAAUGCGAUAUCCAAUCACCGUAAUACAUUGGGUGGCUU